AUGGAAUCGCCAACUGCUGCUGGUUGUGCCAAAUGGGACAAAGUCAAAGGUGAUAUCUUUAUGUGUAUUGCUAGGUCCUCGAUAACAGCGGAGCCGGCUGCAGCAUCAUAUCAUGAUCUAGAGAAGGAUCACUCGUUUUCCAAACAUAUAUAUGCUGGGGGGUUACAAGCUUGUGUCAUUGUCCGCUAUCAGAAAAGCCCUGUCGGCCCAUACGACGAGCUUCUAUGGAUACCUGGGGCUUUUAGACUUCCAGAGACUGGGAAAACGGCAUACCGAGCUACACGAAUUUAUGUUUCUGAUGAGAACGCUGUGUAUCAAGGCCGUAGCAACUGGAAUGUACCCAAAAUGCUCGCGAGGUUCGAAUUUACCGAAUCCGAAAGCAAUCAUCUUCCUUACAGCAAGAUAAAAAUAUCAACCCACAAAGAAGGCAAGCUUUUUCUGGAACUAAAAUUGAUACCAGCAUUUUUCAACUCGCGAACAAUACUUCCUAUUAACUCCAAAUUUUUCCCAUUUAACCUAAGAUUUGUAUUCCCCCCGCUUCCGGAAAGCAGAGAUAAGCAAGAAGACAAGCGGGUGGGAACAACAGAAUGGAAGCAAGUUUUUUUGAGUGUUACGGGAAGGGUCGGAGUCGUCAAAACAUCCAUUUCACAGACAUCUGGAAAUCUUUUCCCUGAUUUGGGCGGAAAAUGCUACUGGCUAUGGCUGAAGGGUGCGGAAAUUCGAAUUGAGGGGUUCCCCUAUCACACGGCCACUCCUAGUGCUCCACAUAAGCAAAAGCAUUAG